AUGCCUAAUGAUGCUACUGUUCCAUAUGAAGAAAAUCCAACUCAUAUGAUUAUUUGGCUUGAUGUUAGUAUCGGAGACCCUAGUAGAUAUCAACACUUAAAAAAAGCGUUUUCAAGUAAAAGUGAUCCCAAACAUGAAACACCAGUGGAAUUAGUGGAUGCAGAUUAUGACGAAAUACUUCGUGUAGAAGGUCCUUUGCCAAUAGAUUUUGAAGGCGUUUAUUUUUUACUGGCAGCAUUCACUAAUAUUGAAAGCUGCAUCAACUGUUUUGCACAAAAUCAAGAUAAACGAAUUUUUUUUAUUACAUCAGGAUCAUUGGGAAGAGACGCUGUACCAAUUAUUAUAGAAAGAUUUAAAGAAACAUUCACUGAUCCAGUCACUGAUGAACCAUAUAUGUCAAUUUAUGUCUUUUGUCAUGAUAUUUCACUUCAAAUUGAUUGGGCGCUUGAUUACCGUGAUUAUAUUCAAAUAUUCAAUUUUGAUGCAGAUUUACUAAGUCGUAUGAUACGCGAUAUUGGUGAUUACUUUCUUACUGAAAGUAAACGUCUAUUAGAUGAAAGUCCUCCAAAUAAUGCAGCUGCUUAUCAUCGUCUUAGUUGGACAAAGGAACUUUAUUAUCGAUACACCAAGAUGGAAAAGGUCUCGAUGAAGAAAGAACUUGGUGAAGUCGAUCAACUCCUAGAAGACGUGGAAGAGGAAUUAAGAUCAUCGUCCGACGAAGAUGACUAG